UGGCCCUGACGUCACACUCCCACAAUGCUCGCGCCCCAUAACUCUGGCGCUGCAGCCUGAGGAGAGCGAGUCACUCAGGCCCCGCAAAAAACAGCGAAAUUACAGAAAACAAACUGGGAAAAACUAACGAAAACACGCGGCGAGAGGAGCGGGAGCGGAGCGGGGACGGCGGCGUGGGCUCUCCCACGGGAAAACAAAAUGAGCCGUACUAGUACCUACUCAGCCCCACCCACGGCAGUUGGGACUGGGUGAGAGAAGGAAAGCAGUGCCAUUUCUUUGUAACAGGUUCCAAACAAUAAGAAAGAUUUAAGAAACGACGAAUAAGCCCCACCCUACGUACACACCCUCUUAAACCCCACCCCCAGGCGGAAUCCAAGCAGGGCCUGGAAGGCAGGGCAGCCACGGCCGAGUUUCAAUGGCAACGGCACCCUAGGGCUGCCAUGGCAGCAGCUGCCGCCGAUGCCCACCGCCACAUUACCGCACUGACGCCGGAGGACGAGGAACGACGAGCCACCACCAAAUUCUUUGGAGGUCCAGCUCAAGUGAGGACGGAGAGAGAGAGAGAGCACGAGCUAGAGAAGGAGGCGGAGAAGGAGGAGAGUGUAAGUGGGAACGAGUGUUUGGUGUGCGGCGCCCUCUUCAGUUCGCAGGAGAAGCUCCGACUCCACGCAUUCUGUCACGCGGGAGAGAAACCUUUCCACUGUUCUCAGCCCCACUGCCCCAAGGCCUUCAGCUCCAAAUAUAAGCUCUACAGGCAUAUGGCCACACACUCUCCGCAGAAGACCCAUCAGUGCUCAUUCUGUGAAAAGAUGUUCCACCGUAAAGAUCAUCUGAAGAACCACCUGCAAACUCACGACCCCAACAAAGAGGCCUUCAAGUGUGAGGAGUGUGGCAAGCACUAUAACACAAAGUUAGGUUAUAAGCGCCACGUGGCCAUGCACUCUGCCACAGCGGGCGACCUGACCUGCAAGGUUUGUCUUCAGAGCUACGAGAGCACUCCUGCCCUCCUGGAACACCUCAAGAGCCACUCUGGCAAAUCUUCGGGCGGCACCAAGGAGAAGAAACACCCUUGCGACCACUGCGACCGCCGCUUCUACACCCGCAAGGAUGUUCGCCGGCACAUGGUAGUCCACACAGGCCGCAAAGAUUUCUUGUGCCAGUACUGUGCCCAGCGCUUUGGAAGGAAGGACCACCUCACGCGGCACGUUAAGAAGAGCCACUCUCAAGAGCUGCUUAAGAUCAAGACAGAACCUCCGGAUAUGUUGGGCUUGCUCGGGACUGGUUCUCCACCUUGUGCCGUGAAGGAAGAGCUCAGUCCUAUAAUGUGUGGUAUGGGCCCGAACAAGGACUCAAUGAUGACCAAGCCUUUCCGCAGUGGCACCCCUUUCCCAAUGGGCAUGUACACUCCUCACCACCUCCCGGCCAUGUCCAACCCAGGGAUGGGUCACCACCCGUCUUUGGUUCCAGGAUCAUUGUCUGCUGCUAUGGGUAUGGGAUGCCCCAUGGAGCCUCCUUCAACCUUGCACCACCAUCACCACCAUUCGCAUCAUCACCACCACCAUCCACACCAUCACCACCCCUCACCACCUCCACAGCACCAACAGCAGCCUCCUUUGCAGCCCCAGCCAUCGCAGCAACAGCACCCGCACCCACACCCGCACCCACACCCGCAGCCGCAACCCAAGUACCAGCUCGGAUCUACCUCAUACCUGCUGGAAAAGCCCUUGAAAGUGGAGCUGGAGAGUUUCUUUAUGGAUCUUCAGAGUGGCUUGCCAGUUCCAGCUCCACCCUCAGCUGACCCUCACUCAGCUGCCUCGCCGAACAAGGACGGUAUGGAGCCUCCGCAUUCUCUGACGGACGAGCUGUGUGGGGACCCGCUCCUCUCUAAGAGCCCUGCAGUCAUUGCUGAAUCCCUCUGUGCUGCUAACAUGGACUUCUCACACCUGCUGGGCUUCUUUCCACUCAACCUGCCUCCCUACAACGCCCCCAUGAGUUCAGGAGGCCUGGUGAUGGGGUAUUCCACCUCCUCCACUGCCUCCUCCACUUCUUCCUCAUCGUCGUCAGCGUCCUCGCACGUCACCGACCCGCACGCUGCCACAGCGACAGCCGCAGUGCCUCUUACCUCUUUGCAACCUCAACCUCAGGAGCAACCGGGCUCCGGCGGGGGUCUAGGACCCCUGCACCCACUUCCGCCAGUGUUUAGCUCCAGCCUCAGCACGACCACCCUGCCUCGCUUCCACCAGGCCUUUCAAUGAGGCUCCCUCCCCACCCUGACCUGCUGCAGACUCAAUCAUCAGUCGUAAGGCGGCUCAGGGCAGAGGAGCUUUCGGGCUCCCCCUAGGGGUGGGGUAAAAAAAAAAAAACAGAAAACACUUGAACACAUAGAAGCCUUAAUUGAAGCGCACAAAAGCUUUCGUAUGAGCCUGGAGGGAAUCCUUUAUUUCAGAAAAAAAGGAAAAACAGAAAAGCAUAGGAAAUGAGAAGCUUUUAUUUAGGCUUUUGUCUGUACUUUAGUUAAACCUCAUCCCCCAGCCCCUUUUCUUCCCCUCACCAUUUUCUAGUUAGGAGGCAGCAUCAGCAGGCCUUAAGGCGUGGUACUGCAUACUUUAUAAAGUAAUAAUAUGAGUAGGAUAAAAAUCAAAAAUUAAUGUAGAAAAAGUAAUGUCUUUUAAGACUAGAAAAUAUAGUUUGAAGUGAGUAAGUUUUGUUGUUUUUGCUCUUCCAAAUGUGAGACCUAACUUGCUAUUUUGUCUCUAUUUUAAGCGUAAAAAAGUCAGGUAAUAGUCGCUUGCCCUUGAACUAAAACCGUCUUUUGCAGCCAGGAGUGGAAAAAAAAUUAGUGAAGGAAUGGAGCUGAUAUUGAAUCAGAAAUUCUCUCAGCGUACACAGCCAAAUGAAUAGGUCAUUCAUUACCUAAAAUUCCCCCUUUUCAGUUGUGCCAAAGGCACAGAUUUUUCUUUUUCCAUUAUAUGCAAUUGAAUUCAUAAUGUGUAAGCAUAAGCAGGUCAUCCAUGUAGACGUGUGUUUUUGUUGUUUUUAAAAACCCAGUUUUCACUCCUAUGUACGUUUCUCCUAAAAAAGAAGUAUUGACUGAGGAAUACGCAUUGCUUUCGUGCUUAAGCAAGAUGUAGGCAAAGUGUGAAAUAUAAAAGAAAGAAGGAGGAGAAAGGAGAAAAAAUGAAGCUGCACAGUUCAAUGCUCUUGCUUCUUAUACACUGUGACCAUUAGCAAAAACUAAGGGUAGAGAAACCCAAUAGUAUAAAAAUCUCGUAGGUUUACAACAAUACCCGAAAGAAGCACUUUGUUUACAGCUGAAGGCACUUGACCUCUUCAGGUUACCACUUCGGGUGACCCACUGACCCACCCCAUUCUGACCUAUUUUACCUUUAACUUUAGCCAAGCUUCCUAAACAGAGACAGCUUUUAGCUAAAAAAAAAACAAACACAUCAAAAAGGAGACAUCUGACAUAUACAUCUAUGGUUCUUUAGGACUUCAGGUUUUCCUCCUUCCUUCCAGCACUAAUUUUAAUAUCUCCAUGGCCACACUUUCUUACCUCCAGUUCCUGCCCACCUCAUUCUAAUAUAUUUUAUUAGACUCAAAUAUUUUAGGCAGGACUCUUUUGUUUUUGUUUUUGUUUUAACAUUGAGAGAUACAUGGUAAUAAUCACCCUGACAUAUGUGAAUAGAAAAUAAGAAAUGACGAAAAAAAAAGUUCAAAAAAGUAUUUUUUUGCAGUGUACGAAAUACCACAUCAGAAAUAUAUAUUAUAAUUGCUUUUUAUUUUAGUAAAGUGUAAUUUAGAUAGAUAUAUUAAACAAUUGCUGAUGGAUUUAAAAAUGUCUCACAGGUUUACAUAAUCAUGUAACCUUGAUAAAAAAAAGGAUGAAGUAAUUGCUUUCCGUAUAGCUUUCCCUCUAUCCCUGUCCUAUUUGUUUUAUACAUUUUCCUGUACGAGAGUCAAAGGCGGUAUUUUGACCCACUUAUGAUAGGCUAUUAGUAGAAUAAUCAAGUAAGUAGAAUGAACUUACCCUCAUCUUUAUUAUUUAGAGUGAUGUGUAGAAAGGCCCUUAAUCGUAAUGUGACCCAAGUUUGAUUUAAAUCCUUUCGCUUUCACUAUUUCCACAUUGAAACCUGUUAGAUGUGAGCACAGUCUUUGCCGUGCCUCAUGGUAUUACGUUUGAAAGGCUUUCUUCAAACAGAAAUACUUUCUCAAAAAAUAGAAAAGAAAUAUAAAAUAUAAAAUCUCAAUCACCGUACUUUUAAAAGAUUUGUAUAUUAUAUUAUCAUUUUUAGACCAUUUAAAAAGUCGUCAUAUGUUUUUAAUAUACUUAGAAAAAAUGGACACACAAAAAAUGGUCUGCACAAAUACACACCAAAUAACUGUCCACUACACACAGCCACACAAAGAACUUGAUAAGAUAUAUAAGCGCUAUUUUGGAAUUCCGUUUUUGUUGCAAAACAAUCCGUUUUCCAACUCCAGAGUCUUUUAUGUUAAUUUCUUCUGUGGCAUCUUUGUUCGAUUUUUGUCCAUCCCUACCUUUGUAGUAAAUGUAAACUUAAUAUCAUGUAAUAUUUAAAUGUUAAACAAUAACCUGAGGCCAAAUAGAAGAAAAAAAGAAGGAUCAUAAUACCCUCAACCCCAAUUACUCAAAAGCGAGACCACCCAACAAAAAGAAAAUAGAAAAUAGAAAAAAAAAAAAAGAAAGGAAAGUUACUAUGCUGCUUUAGUGCUAUGGUUGGCGACAGUCAUAGACCACUCUAUAGAAAUACUUCUGCAAACAUGUUUAAAACUGAAAACAUGCACACAUGAACUGUUUGUCCAUACCUGUCUAGUUCUCUUCAUACGGCUGCUUCUUCCAUUCAGAUGAACAUUUCAUAAAAGUUUUUUCUUGAUUUCUUUUUCUUUUUUUUAAAUGAAAGGGUCUGUUAAGAGACACAAUAUCCAGAACAAAUACGUCACCAGCCUGGUCUUUGACAUUCAAAGCAUGGGACUUUUUUUUGACUGGGAUAUUGCCUAGUCAUUUGUUGUCAUAUGAUAUAUUAUUUUCUGUUUGUUGAAACAGGACCUCAAAACAACACAACGCAUCACCUCAUUUCUUUUUAUUUGUAUUUUAUUUUUAUUUUUGAUUUUUUUUUGUUUAUUAUUUGUUUUUGUUUUUUUCAUACCAAAAACCUGGGGAGAAGAAACUUCUUUUUGCACAAUUGCUGACUAAAGAGAUAUUGAGAACAUAUCAAUUACAUAUACUGUAAGAAAGAUAAAAAAAUGCUUAAUUUGUAUGGUCUGGACUGAUGACGAGAAAAACGAGAGCCAAAUAUGUUGCUUUUGGAGUUUUGGAGAGUUUGCAUUUGUCUCCCAUUCUACAUUCUUAUUUGGAUAGUGUGAUAUGGAAUAGUUGUAUUCCAAACUUAAACAAAAUGUAAAAUAUUUACAUUUUUAAAAUGUAGAAUUUCAUUUUGUAUUGUUUAUUUUUAUGGCCAUUUUUUGUUUGUCAAAGAAAAAAAUGAGGCACUUUUUUACAUUUUUAAAAAAUAGUAGAAAAAGUAAUAUGAUCCAUAUUGGGAGUAAACACAGUGGAAGCAUUUCAGCUUUGUAAGUCAUAGACCUAAGUUUUUAUUCCUUGGGAAUAAAAAAAAUAUAUAUAUAUAUUUCUUCCACGAAACAAACGUGAAUUGAGAAAAAGCUAUUGGCAACAUUUGAGUUUGUCCUCCCCGGGUUUUCUGUGAGCUGAUCUGAAAUUCUAGCACUUUUAAACCUUUGAAAAGAGUAUUUUUUUUCUUUUAAAAGUUCAGCCUUUUAUGUUUGUAUGUUGUUUAUUAUUAUUUUUUUUUUGUAUUUGAUCUUGUACAUGUAUGUGCCAUUAGUUUGAUGUGUAGAAUUUAUUAAUCUUUAUGUAUUUUGUUGUUUUUCCUCCUCUUCCAAAAGAGUAACAGUAUUUUUUGAUAGAUUUUCACUAAUAUUUUCUGCUUCGCCCCCCUUUAGCUCUUUCGCUUCCACGUUUCAGGACAUUCAGAAAUAGAAAGAAGUAGAGUAACAUGUGCUUGUGCAUAGCUUAUCUUCAAAAGCUUUGUUGAAAAAGUCGGUCCAACAAAAUCUGAAGCGGGGGGGAAAAUAACUGACUGGAAAAUGCAAUUUCUGCAAACAAAAGAAGAAAUAGUGGGAGAACAGAAAGAAAAAGAAAGAGAAGGAAUUCAGUUCCAGCAAGGGCUGAAGUGUUUUCAAUCAACACCAUAUUACACAGCUUGACAGGUUCGACUGGUUUUACUGGAAAGAGUAAAAUCCCCCCACUCCCCCCACAAAUAACUCCCCCAUAAAAUAACUUUUGGUUUAAAUUAAGUUUUAUAUAAUAGCUGCCUGGAUGGGUGGAGCUGGGUGUCUGGCAUGAUUGCAGAAAUGGUGAUGGGUAGUUGAGUUUUUCUGGCAGGCAGACGGGCGGGCAGGCAGGCGGGCUUAUUCGAGGCAUCUAGAGCCGCAUUUGUAUCUCAUUUCACGUCCAGGAGCCCAUUGUGCUGCAGUCUGAGAGAAGACUUCAAAAGGUGAGGCUUUUUUCAGCCUGAUAUCAGUCUUGCUCCAGUGCCCCCAUAAAGGAGAGCCUCCCACCCAUUGAGAAUCUUUAGCCUACAUCAAAGUGAACUCCUUAAAGAACUGGAGAACUGCCCUCUCUAGUCACCUGUGAUGCUCCAGCAUCUAGAGCACAAUUCCUAUUGAUUUUCUGAAUUAAACAAAUGUAGGAAAUAUUAUUGUGCAUUUAAUUUUUCGUGGUGUAUUUUUGGAGUUUGUCAAAUUAAGCAAAUCACGGGUAGUUUUUUUGUGUUUGUUUUGAGUAGAGGAUGUAAACAAACAUAUAUAAAUAUUUGACAAAAAGUGCUUAAACUUUUGCCUAAGACAUUGACAUAGUUUUUCAUCAUUCUCUUUAAUUCAAGGGGUUUGAGCAGAAAUGUUGCAUUACCUGUUUAGGAAUCUUAAAGGGUCAGUCAUACACAUUGACAGGGUCAGGCAUCUUACAGGCAAAGCAGUUCUAUGUCCAAAUUUGGUCUAUUUUCUGAAGAUAAACUGAUCAGCAAAAUAACAGAAAUUACAGCUCUGGAAAAAUGACGAAACCACUUCAGUUUCUGAAUCAGUUUCUCUGAUUUUGCUAUUUAUAGGUCGAUGUUUGAGUAAAAUUAACAUUGUUGUUUUAUUCUAUAAAUUAUAAAUUAUUAAAAAAAAUAUUGAAAUGAGAAAUGAAAAUAAAAUAAAAUAAUUAAAAUAAAAGAUGCAGAGCUUUCAAACUUCAAAUAAUGCAAAGAAAACAAAUUCAUAUUCAUAAAGUUUUAGGAGUUUAGAAAUCAAUAUUAGGUGGAAUAACCCUGUUUUUUAAUCAGUUUUCAUGCAUCUUGGCAUGUUCUCCUCCACCAGUCUUACACACUGCUUUUGGAUAACGUUAUGCCACUCCUGGUGCAAAAAUUCAAGCAGUUCAGUUUGGUUUGAUGGGUUGUAAUCAUCCAUCUUCCUCUUGAUUAUAUUCCAGAGGUUUUCAAUUUGGUAAGACCAAAGAAACUCAUAAUUUUUAAGUAGUCGCUUACCCACUAUCAAUAGAAAAUUAAAAUACAAGGUUGUUUUACUUCAAAACUCGAAGCACUGGUAACAUUCAGCAACAGAAAGGACAGAUCAAGACUCAAUAGCCUGUCCACUGCUGGAAAAAAAUCUUUGGACAGAUGAAAGAAAGACAGAUUUGAGUACAAAGAAGUAAAGGUUUUGAUCUGAUGCAAUAUCACAUCAUCUGUUAAGCAUGGUGUAGGCAGUGGUGAUUUGGUGAUGACUUCAAACAGUCACUUAAAACUUAAAAAUAAACAAGUUAGGCAAAGUUUUUACAUUUCAAAUCCGUUGAGGCAGUGUACACAUGCAAAAUGGCAAAAAAUGUGGAACUGUCUAAACAAAUGGCACUUGAUUACGUCUGUGUUUUCUAAGUGUAAAUAAGUUCACACCCUCUACAAAGAACACAUAUCUGCUCAUUCUCAUUGUAAAAGAAACAACACAUUCAUUAUGUUUAUGUCCCCUAUAUGUUCAAUUUAAAAAAUAAGAAUAAAAAUAAUAAGAUUUUCAGUUCAAGAAGCAUUUAAUUUUGUUUCCUGUAAAAGCCCCCCAAGCUAUAUGCACACUCAGAAGGGAAAAUGAAUCUGUAAUUUGAAACCCAGCCCAUCCUUUCUGCCAUUGAACCACAUCCAGCUCUACAUCCUUUUUGUAAUUGAAAAAAGAAAAGAAAAAAAUCUUUAUCUCAAAUUGUACCUACUAGGGAUGCACUUGUCUUAUUUCUCCCGAUAUAAGUAGGCACCUAACUAAGCUAUUAAGGGAAAUUAUUAAAGAUAAUUGAUAUACAGUUUAAAAAAUAAAAAGAACAAUCUGAUUUUUUUUUUUUUAGAAUUAAUUAAAAGUAAAAUAAAAUGAAAUGCUUUCUUCGCUUUAUAGAGAGAAUGCAGAUGGCGUCUGUCUGAGGCGUCCUCUGCUCAUAGUCGUAUUUUAGCUUAACGCAAGUCUUGCAUUCCAAGCUCUUUAUGUAUUCUUGUUUAGCAACAUAGUCCUCUUAUUUUUAGUACUUGCUUAUUACUGCCACCUCUGGCGAAAAAAGGUGAAAAACAAAAAUGGAAUAUUUUUCAUUCAGCCUUACACUAUUUUAUAUAGCAUGGAUUAUAUCAUCUACAGGGAGAAUUGUAUAAAUAAAAAUAACAGAACAAAUGUAACAAAAACACAGUCCACUUUUUUAAUGACAUGACUCACCUACAAUCAGUUGCUGCAAUGUAAAGUGACAGAUAUGUAUAUUGGUUGAUCCAAAGAGAUGACAUUACAACAAACCUAUUUACUUAUUGUACAGUACAUUGUACCUUUUGACUUGUAAUGUAUGAUGUUAAAAUCAUUAAAAGACAAACCCACGGUUUUA